CUCGCAGAGAUGCCACAAGCAAUUAUUCAGACCUCAUGGAGAAUAAGGACGAACGAUAGUCUUCAUUUCAGUGGACAAACGUCUAGUGGGCCGUGUGUGCGGAGUCCAUGCCUGUGUGAGGUGAAGUGUGGGAAGGAUGGAAGAGGAGAUGAGAGGAGCAGGAGGAGAGGAAGUGGCCACUGCACCAGCUGAAGGUCCAGCAGCGCCGAAACGAGGGAGGGGCCGACCCCGCAAACAGCCACAGGAGCCUGUUGAUCCUGCUGCUCCCAGAAGGCCGAGGGGAAGACCCAGAGGGAGUAAGAAUAAGGCUCAUCGUGCUACCAUAGUAGAGCCACCAAGGCAAAGGAGACCUCGAGGCCGACCAAGAAAAUGGCCUCAGAAAUCAGUUCAGCAAGAACAACAGCAGCCUGAGGAAAGAGAGGAGGAGCCAGAAGAGAAGGAGUCUACUGAGAUGCCGCCCCCAUCAUCACCACAGGAGCGCGUCUAAAACGACCCCACUGGUUCAUCCGAGUCUCCAGUGUGCGCUACAGGCAACUUUUUUUCCCACACAUUUUGUGUAUCUCACCUUUUCUUUGUUUACAAAAACAAUAUCAGAAUUAGACAAAAUUCCCAAUGCAGCAAUAACAUAUCCGUAACUUCAACCAAUCAGGGAAAAGUAAAUUACUCUGAACUACUGAAUUCGAGUUCUGUGGUCUGCAUGUAAUAUUAGGCUAUGAUUACAGUAGAGUCCAGAGGUACAGUCAUAUGCAAAAGCUUGAAUACCCCCUCUACGGAGGACAUGGUAACACU